UGGCUGGUUGUGUUACCUGGCCGUGGGUGGCCGGAGGGUCGGCGGUAAUGUGGGGGGCAAGAGGAGUCGGGGUAGCCGCGGCGAGCGUCUCCUUGAGCGGCGUCAAGAACUGCUUUCUGCACUUGCCGACCUGGCUGAUUUCUUACCUCCGACUGCAGCAGGAUCAAAUUGUGAAAGUUUCUUGGGGGAAUCAAUCAGUAUUCUUGGGUUGGAUGGAAAGCAGACAUCAACGUCAAACAGAAGAAAACAUUGUUGAAAUAAACAGACAAUUAGCAGGCACGCUUGGCAUCAAAAAUGGACAACAGGUAUUCCUUGAACCCUGUUCUCAGGUUUUAUCCUGUCAGCAAGUAGAAGUAGAACCAAUGUCAGCAGAUGAUUGGGAAAUACUGGAGCUGCAUGCAUUGUCCCUGGAAAGGCAUCUUCUUAAUCAAAUUCGAAUAGUAUUUCCAAAAGCUAUUUUCCCGGUGUGGGUUGAGCAACAUACUUGUAUCUAUAUCCAGAUUGUUACUCUAAAGCCCCAAGCUCUUUAUGGAAGACUUGAAGCUUGCACAGAGCUUCUUGUAUCUCCUAAAUUACGGCAGUGUGAAGGUAGUUCUACCAUGGUGCCUUCCCAGAAAGAUGACACUGUGCAAGAAGAUGGCCCUGAAACUGAAUUAAAACCGAGAAAAAGAAAUGAGGAGCCACACUCCAAAGAAACACAUUUAAAUAGGCAACUUCAGCAGCAUCAGCCAAAUGCAAAGGGAUUACUGAGUGCAAAUAUUUUCCCAAACAUUUGGAAUUUACUUCGGAACAUAUUUUUUUAUAAUUCUGAAAAGAAACAUGAGCUUUCUAAUGGUAUUGAGGAACUGAACGCUGCUAAAAAUCGUCUCUUAAACUUGAUUCAGGUGGAUUCUGUUUUUAGAGUAUGUCAAAGGCAGCUUCCCAGCAUGAAAAACACACUGGAAACAUGCACAUUUCAGGAAUACAACACUGUUUUUGUUUUUCCAUGGAAUGAAGUAUAUCCCGUUUUAGAAGCUAAUACUCAGGUUUCUUAUGGGAAAAUUAGUAAGCUACUUUCUCCAAAACAGCAAAUGCAAGAGUUAAAGUAUCAUCUAACCUCAAAGAAAGAGAAACAUCUGUUUAACACAGAAAAGCAAUUUACUUUGAGUAAGGUUCAAGAACCUAAUGAGUUUUCUGUUGUGCAAAUAAUAUGGAAUGGAUUUGAGGAUCUAAAGGAUGCCCUAAUGUUCAAUAACAAUGUGGAUCAACUGCAUGUUGGAAAAAUUUGGAUACCUGAACUAUUGAGAAAGAAGCUAGAUAUAGAAAUGCAUGCUGCUGUCAGAAUCACGUCAAUCAGUUCAGAUCCUAAAAUUCCAACCUCUCUUAGACUUCAGCCUGAACGCACUUUAAAUAAAGGAAUAAGUGAAAAAGACAUUAAAGAUGCAUUUAAGUUGUGGCUAGAGGAUUACAUUAGGCUUCCCUUGAUAACAGCAGAAACAAGUUAUUUACAAUUGGCACUUAAUUCGGGCCUGGAAGACUUUGUCCUCACUAUAGUCACUUAUGACACCAAAGAAGAGAAAGCCAGAAAUACUUUCAUCUUGAGCCCUAGCUUACUACAGAAGGCAAAUAUACAAGUUUUGUUACAUCCUGAGUCUCCAGCAUCCAGUGGUAGUAACUUUCAGUCUUGUUGUGAACAGCCUUCACCAUGGCUCAGUCUAAACUGCUUAGGAGGAGUGGAUAACAUUGGAUUAUCAUCUUUGAAACACAUAUCGCAUAGCCUCUUGACACAUCCCCUGUCUCAAACACUAGCUCCCUUUUGUGCUGGAUUAUGCAGUGGGGGUAUCCUAAUUACUGGAGCAAAGGGAAGUGGCAAAUCAACAUUAGCAAAGGCCAUUUGUAAAGAAGCAUUUGAUAAACUUGAUACUCACUUGGAAGUGAUUGAUUGUAAAGCUUUAAGAGGUAAAAGAUUACAAAGUAUACAGAAGAAGCUGGAAGAAGCCUUCCUAGAGGCAGCAUGGAGACAGCCAUCGGUCAUUCUGUUAGAUGAUCUUGAUCACAUAAUGGGAGUUCCCCUUGCUCUAGAACAUGAGAACAGUCCUAAAGCAGUCCAGAGCACUUGUCUUGCUCAUGUUCUGAAAGAAAUGAUAAAAGAAGUUACUUCCAUGCAGAGUUUGGUUGUACAUAUUGCCACAAGUCUGUCUGAGCAGUCCCUACAUUCUUCCAUCAUUUCUACUCAAGGAAUCCAUAUAUUUCAGUGUUUCCAACAUAUUCAAGUUCCAACUCAGGGGCAAAGAUAUGAAACACUUGACUCCAUAAUAAAAAACAAAUUUGACUUCAGUUUACAGAAAUUCUGUGAUCUUGAUCUCCAUCAAAUUGCAAAGGAAACAGAAGGAUUUGUAGCUAGAGAUUUUACAGUCUUAAUUGAUCGUGCCAUCCAUUCAUGCAUUCUUAGGAGGGGAACUUGCAAAAAAGAAGCAAAAUUAUGGGCUUUUUUGGGUCAGGAACCAGCGGAAAAGACUGGGAACACGUAUCCAGAAUUAUUUGCUAAUCUACCCAUACGGCAAAGAACAGGAAUCUUAUUAUAUGGGGCUCCAGGAACAGGAAAAACUUUAUUAGCAGGUGUAGUUGCCCAAGAGAGUGGAAUGAAUUUUAUCAGCAUCAAGGGACCAGAACUGCUCAGCAAAUACAUUGGAGCAAGUGAACAGGCAGUUCGCAAUAUAUUUAUCAGAGCUCAAGCGGCCAAGCCAUGCAUACUUUUCUUUGAUGAAUUUGAUUCUCUUGCUCCUCGAAGAGGUCACGAUAACACUGGUGUAACUGACCGAGUUGUUAAUCAGCUGCUGACUCAAUUAGAUGGUGUAGAAGGCUUAAAAGGUGUUUAUAUAUUGGCAGCCACUAGUCGUCCUGAUUUGAUUGACCCUGCUCUUUUGAGACCCGGUCGAUUGGAUAAGUGUCUAUACUGUCCACCUCCUGAUCAGGCUUCCCGAUAUGAGAUUUUAAAAGCUCUGAGUCAUUCUCUCCCUUUGGCGCAUGAUGUGGAUUUUCAGUAUUUGGCAGCAAAAACUGAGCAUUUCACUGGGGCAGAUUUAAAAGCUUUAUUAUACAAUGCCCAAUUAGAAGCAGUGCAUGCUAACUUGAACUCAACUUUGCCCCACGAGAUAGGUUCCAGCUCAGAUAGUGAUCUUAGUCUAUCUUCAAUGGUUUUCUUAAAUCAAAGUAGUGGAUCAGAUGAUUCUGGCAGAGAUGGAGAAGGAGGCUUGGAACAAUCAUUAACUUCCCUUGAGCUGUGUGAUCUGCUUCCUGAGGAUCCAAGAUCUAACAUCUAUCGCCUUUACUUUGGCAGUUCCUAUGAAUCUGAACUUGGCAAUGGGACUGCUUCAGAAAUGAGUUCUCAGUGUUUUUCAGCAUCAAACUCCAUAAACCAUGAAUUAACCAGCAUAACUCUGAAGGAUUUAGUAUCUUCUCAGCCUCCAACCUUAAGAACCACUUUACAGGAAGGUUUUCAAGAAUGUAAUCAAGAACAAAUAGAACAACUCAAGUCAGAAAUCAGUGCCAUCAAAGCUAACUACAAAAGCAUGAAUGGAGAGGAAGGCGCUAACUGCAUGACAUCAGUAACCAAGAGAACUUUAAAUGUUACUCAGAUUCAUUUAAUGUCGGCUCUUGAAAGUACAAAGCCCUCCAUUAGUCAAGUAGACUGGAAUAGGUUUGCUGAACUUUAUGAAAAUUUUCAAUAUCCAAAGAGGAAAGAAUCCAGUGGAGCAAUUUUCAAACCAGGACAAAAAGUAACAUUAGCUUAACUUCUGUUAAAGAAGUAGUAAUCAUGUUUACUAAUAAUUUUCUAGCAAAGUGUUUAUUUGUUAAAUUGUAUCUAUGAAAACUCUAUGUUAUUGUUAAUAUUGCAAAGAACAUUUGUUUACUUGUUAAAUUGUAUCUAUCAAUAGUCUAUGUUACUGUUAAUGUGACAAGGACAUUUAACUAUUAAUUACUUCAUUAUUAUUUUGCAUCAUUUUAAUUUUCAAAGUAUGUUCUACUGAAAAUUAUAUUAAAAGCUUUUG